UGAGCUGCUCAGACCCUUCCUCUCAAAACAUACACACACACACACACACACACAUACACACACACACUAACACUCUCUCUCUCACACUCACUCACACACUCCUGUGAGCCUCUUGCUCCUGUGACUGUAGCUCUGGUCCGUCACCUGCACUCUUGUCACAGCAUGCAGCUCCUCGUGAUGUUAGCAGCUCUCAUGGGUGUUCUGUUCAGUGUUAGAGCAGCCGCCGUGCUUCCUGUGGAGGACAGGAGCCCCAUCCACGUGAACAGGGAGCUGAGCAAAGAGCGCAAAGAGCUGAUCCUGAAGCUGGUGUCCGGCUUGUUGGACGGAGCUCUGGACACCAACAUGCUGCCGGGGGAAGCGGCACCUGUGGAUCUUGAGGAACCGCUGGAGUCUCGUCUGGAGGAGAGGGCUGUCUACAACAGGCUAUCGCUGCCUCAGCGCGACCGCAAAGCCCCCUGUAAAAACUUCUUCUGGAAAACUUUCACCUCCUGCUAACAGAGCCCAAAACCUCCCGGCUCUGCCUGCCUACUGCUCUCCUUCCCUCCCAGCUCCACAUGAACUGUAGUUGACCUCAGCUGUACAUAUCAUCUACACCUGUCAGACAUGC